AUGUCCGCUGAAGAGCACGACGUUACCUUCGAGUCGGCUGAUGCCGGUGCCUCGACCACCUACCCCAUGCAGUGUUCCGCUCUGCGCAAGAACGGUCACGUCGUCAUUAAGGGUCGCCCUUGCAAGAUUGUUGACAUGUCUACCUCCAAGACUGGCAAGCACGGUCACGCCAAGGUCCACAUGGUCGCCAUUGACAUCUUCACCGGCAAGAAGCUCGAGGAUCUGUCUCCCUCCACCCACAACAUGGAUGUCCCCAACGUUCUCCGCCGCGAGUACCAGCUCCUGGACAUCACCGACGAUGACUUCCUUUCCCUGCUGAAGGAGGACGGUGACACCAAGGAUGAUGUCAAGGUCCCCGACAACGAGAUUGGCAAGCGUAUCAUUGCCAUGUUCAAGGACGAGGGCAAGGACGUCAACGUCAUCAUCCAGACUGCCAUGGGUGAGGAGGCUGCCAUUGACGCCAAGGAGGCUCCCAAAUAA